GUCCACUAAAGAUUUUGGAUCUGCGAAGAGUAGACAAUGAGUCCGGCCAAGAAGUCAGUUUGACGUGGACACCAGACCCAACUUCAAUUCAAGACAGCUUUAAGAUUUUGUACCAGGAGGUAGAAGCUUUUAAUGGAGAUGCACGCACUAGGACAACCACGGAAGAAAAGGCCACAGAAAGUCUUUAUCCUGGAAGAAAUUACUCGGUUUCUGUUGCUGCUGUGUCAAAUAACAUAGAGAGCGAACACAUGUCUCUCUACGUUGCGACUAAACCUACAUCCCCAAUUAUUGAAAUGCAGCCGAUUCCCCAUGGCCUCACCAUAUCCUGGAAGAGUGAUGAUACUUCCCGUCAGGAUGGAUACGCCGUCGUCCACAUCAGGAACGACACAGGAGAGUCAGUUACCCAUAAAACAGGGAAGGAACGCAUAAUGUUGGAAGACCUGUUCCCUGGUGCUAGAUAUGAGAUUAAGGUCUAUGCUAUAUCUCAUGGUCUGUGGAGCGAACCUCAUGCUCACUUCCAUGUAGUGUAUCCAAACCCUGUUCGAAACCUGACUAUUAGUUCAGCCACAAACACCACUGUGAUCCUUUCUUGGCUGCCUCCAACUGAGUCGUUAUUCUCACAUUACAAUAUAAGGUACCGCCCCAGUAGAAGCAGGAGAUUGGUUGAGUUGCCUCCUGUCAAUAAAACCUCAGUUGUCAUGGACAACCUGCAGCCUGGAGAGCGAUAUUUGAUUGAAGUUCGUUCCAUCUCGCAUAACGUAAAAAGCUUCACCUCUGAGGAAGUUAGGCAUACUGUUCCACCAAACCCAGUGAAAGGAAUCACACCAGUACUUGAUUCCCACAACAUCACCUUCGAGUGGCCCAGACCGGAUGGCAGACUAGAUAUGUAUACCAUUGUCUGGUGGAGCAACUUUACACCAGAGAUAAAGCAUUUCAAGGAAAUUCCUGGAAGCCAUGCGACGGAAGGCAUAGACCGAAGAUUGUCCAUUGUGGUAGACGAGCUGAUGCCCGGAGAGCUUUACCAUUUCCAGAUCUAUACUACAGCACAUAAAGUGAAUAGUGAGGUGGUGGACCUCUCAAGUAGAACUAUCCCCCUUAUCACCUCUGACAUUAGAAUUGGACAUCAACCAGAGAGCAGAUCCAUGGCCAUUAUUUAUACACCAACACCAGAAUCUGCUUCUAUCUUUGACAUGUACAGAUUCAUGUUAUCCGACCCUUCCAUACCUGUGAAGGAGAAGCCUGCAGAUGAUGAGGAUCGCAAGAUCGUAUUUAACAAUCUGGUGCCUGGACGGAUGUACAACGUGACGGCCUGGACAGUGUCAGGGGGUGUGACGAGCCUGCCCCUCAUACGGCAGGAUCAGCUCAACCCUGAAUCUGUGUCGAACAUCACCGCUAGUUACAUCUCCGAUACGGAAAUUACCCUGUCGUGGAGCAAACCAGCUGGGGAUUAUGAUGUGUUUGAGGUGCAGUAUCUCCGCAACAAUGAGCUCUUAACCACAAACACCGCGAAGGACUCAGUCACCAUCACGAAACUACGACCCCAUCGCAACUACACCUUCACAGUCCUCACUUGGGCAGGAAGCACAAGGCAGUCCAAUUCUGUGUCGGCAACUUUCGCGACGAGGGAGAGUGUGCCGGGGAAGGUGAACAGAUUUAGGGUCACCAUAAUGAACCCAAGUGAGGUAACAUUAAGCUGGUCUUUGCCUUCGGAAGAACAAAAUGGCGUUCUUUUGGGCUACAGGAUCAAGUAUAGAAUCAAGGGUUCCGAAGUUGCUCAUGAGACGCACUUUCCAGCGGAUGAGGAGUCGGGCAUCAUCCAGAAUCUCAUCCCAGGAGAGACCUAUGUUUUCCAGAUUGAAGCCAUGACCAAGAUUGGCUCUGGACCCAUUAGGCACUUGGAGGAGACUAUGCCUAUUGGUGAUCCCCCCGAGCCAGGUCCUCUGGAAUUACCCACAGAAGUGUCACACACUGCAAACACCAUUCGCAUUCGUUACCGCAAGCACUACUUCUCCAACAAAAACGGGCAGAUUAUAGGAUACACCGUCAUUGUAGUUGAAGAUGACACCAAGAGUUCCAGAGGGGUUGAGUUGCGUACAUGGAAGGACGUUCAGAGUUAUUCCCUGUGGCCUCCAUAUCAGGUUACAGAACGUUACUAUCCGUUUGCCAACACAUCAGUGGAAGACUUUGACAUUGGUGUCGAGGAGGAUUGUGAAAAUCAAGAUGGAUACUGUAACGGGCCGCUCAAACCAGGAAGUACAUACAAAGUUAAAAUCCGAGCUUAUACAGCAGCGAACAAGUUUGCUGAUACCUGCUAUAGCUACCCAAUAACAACAGAUUCUGAAAGUCCAAAUAUAGGAUUGCUCGUAGCUAUUCCUCUAUAAGGCAGCGAAGAUCAUGCAAGUCAACAAGAAAGAAUCCUGAUCAACUUAGCAAUAUACACCCAAUGCCAGAUGCCAUUAGAGAAACAAGUCGACCUGUAAACCUGCAAGACUUCGUGGCCUACUUCCGAUUCAUGUCUGCCGAUUCCGAGUACCGCUUCUCUGAAGAAUAUAGAGCUCUGCAACAUGUUGGUCAUGAUAUCCCACACAACGCUGCUGACCUCCCUGUCAAUCGGCCCAAGAAUCGUUUCACAAACAUUUUGCCUUAUGACCACUCACGCUUCAAACUGCAGUCAACAGAUGACGAAGAGGGGUCGGAUUACAUAAAUGCAAAUUAUGUGUCGGGCUACAACUCUCUGCGGGAAUUCAUCGUGAGUCAGGGGCCGCUCCCAUCUACGAGGGAUGAUUUCUGGCGCAUGUGUUGGGAGAGCAAUUCGCGAGCCAUCGUCAUGUUGACACGGUGCACAGAGAGGGGCCGUGAGAGAUGCGAUCACUACUGGCCUUACAACAUGCAGCCAGUCUACUAUGGAGAUAUUCAAGUGACUAUUCUGAAUGAGCGCUAUUUCCCAGACUGGAAUGUUACAGAAUUCAGAGUCUGCAAGGGAGAAGUUUUCCGUGUGAUUCGCCAUUUCCACUUCACAACCUGGCCAGAUUUUGGUGUACCUGAUCCUCCGCAGACGUUAGUUAGAUUUGUUCGUUUCUUCAGGGAAACUGUUGGUGCAGAUCAAAGGCCAAUUGUAGUACAUUGCAGUGCUGGUGUAGGGCGAUCAGGAACUUUCAUUGCUUUGGACAGGAUACUGUUCAGCAUAAGAACAAAUGAUUACGUGGACAUAUAUGGUAUAGUUUACGAGAUGAGACGACAAAGAGUUUCCAUGGUACAAACUGAGCGGCAGUAUAUAUGUAUUCACCAGUGCCUUCUGUCAGUCUUGGAAGGAACAGAAAACGAACAUCCCUUAUCUGAGAUUCAUGAUAAUCAGGGUUACGAAGAUGAUGAGGGAAUAGCCGAGUCGAGCAUGUGACAGGAGGCGUAUGGGUUGCAUUCCCUUGCAGCCUGUACAAAGUAUGGAAAUGACGUGAUUCUGGCGAAAAGCAGACCUUGAAGAUGCGUUUAUGAGAAGGAAUCUCUGUGGAAGUGUGUACAGAAAACUAUAUUUUUAUAAUAAUUUAUCUUAACUAUUCCAAACUUUAUGGUUUGUUAUCAGACU